AUGAGCCUGACCCACGUCAUCUGCCACACCUGCUUCAAGAGGCAGGAGAGGCUGCACCGCUGCGGGCAGUGCAAGUUUGCCCAUUACUGCGACAGGACCUGCCAGAGAGCGGCCUGGCUCAACCACAAAAACGAGUGCUCCGCCAUCAAGAGGCAUGGCAAGGCACCCUCCGAAAACAUCAGGCUGGCUGCCCGCAUCCUGUGGAAGAUGGAGCGGGAGGGCACGGGGCUGUCAGAGGGCUGCCUGGUGCCCAUCGAGGAGCUGCAGAACCACGUGGACAGCUUUGGGGAGGAGGAGAAGAAGGAGCUGCGUGCUGACGUGGAGAGUUUCCUGGAGUUCUGGCCGCCCCACUGCCAGCAGUUUGGGAUGCAGCUCAUCUCCCACAUUUUCGGGGUGAUCAGCUGCAAUGGCUUUACCCUCAGUGACCAAAGAGGACUGCAGGCUGUUGGAGUGGGAGUCUUCCCCAACCUCUGCCAGGCCAACCACGACUGCUGGCCCAACUGCACUGUCGUCUUCAACAAUGGCAAUCAUGAGGCUGUAAGAUCAAUGUUCCACACACAGAUGAGGAUCGAGCUGAGGGCCCUGAGCAAGAUUUCCCCGGGGGAUGAGCUGACGGUUUCCUACGUGGAUUUCCUCAGCCUGAGCGAGGAGCGGCGCGCGCAGCUCAAGAAGCAAUAUUACUUCGACUGCGCCUGUGAGCACUGCAAGAAACAGCUCAAGGAUGACCUGAUGCUGGCAGUGAAGGCAGGGGAAAGCAAGCCCUCUGCAGACACGGUGAAGGAGGUGAUCCAGCUCUCCAAGGACACGCUGGAGAAGAUCAACAAGGCCCGCAUGGAGGGACAUUACCACGAGGUUGUGAAGCUGUGCCGUGACUGCCUGAAGAAACAGGAGCCUGUGCUGGGGGACACCAACAUCUACCUGCUGAGGAUCCUCAGCAUUGCCUCCGAGGUGCUCUCCUACCUGCAGAUGUUCGAGGAAGCAGCUGACUAUGCCAAGAGGAUGGUGGAUGGCUACCUGAAAAUUUACCAUCCCAACAACGCUCAGCUGGGGAUGGCCGUGAUGCGGGCGGGAGUGACUCACUGGCACGCUGGCCUCAUUGAAGCUGGCCAUGGCCUGAUCUGCAAAGCCUAUGCCAUCCUCCUGAUAACCCAUGGACCUUCCCACCCAAUUACCAAAGACCUGGAGGUCAUGCGCGUGCAGACGGAGAUGGAGCUGCGCAUGUUCCAGCAGAACGAGUUCAUGUAUUACAAGAUGAGGGAAGCUGCCCUCAAGAACCAGAAGAUCCAAGUCAUGCCUGAGCCCAGCAAUGAGAAUGCACCAAGCCUCUUCCACAAAAAGGAAUAAACCCAGAGCUUGGCACCAGUUCAUGCCUGCAGGGUACCAUCACCCGUGGCAUUUCCACACACUGGGAAUGUCAUACGGCAGUGGGAUAUAUCCACAGGGAUUGUUUCCAGUGGCACAAGUCUGACAGAAUGGACCUGCUGGGGAGCAGCCUGAAAACUCUUCUGAGGGCUUAAAGCAGAAGAGGUCCUGGCAGAAAAAACAUCCCUUUUUCUAUCACUAAGGCAUUAAAUAAUCAGAGAAAAAAAACCUGUUAUAAAAUUAUUUACAUUUUUUAUUGGAAGCAUGUUUCUCUCUACACACGUCCUGGCUCUGAAUUCCUUUGUUAAAUUUUGAUUGUUUUUUCCUAUGGGGGUUCUACCACUUCCUUGGGAUGACAUAAUUCCUUUCCAGUGGUGUCCAAGGGAUAAUAGAAGUGGGAAGCCAGUCCCAAGAAGUGUUAUGUUCACCUGUGGGCAAUGAAUGCAAACUGAACAAGACUCCACAGAUGGUGUUUUGUGUUAAAUGAUAUUUUUUCUGAUGAAAAACUGCUGGAAAAUGGUUUUGCAGCUGGCAUACGUGCAACAUCAAACUGUGGGCCAUUUGCAAGUGAGACUAACUGGAAUCCUUACAUCAAGAUAAAUUAAUUGAGAUGAAUUAUUCUCCUUAGUUGCAAAUCAGAAAAUGUUCACAGUGAUGGACACGGGGCCAUGCCAGAAGCCAGUUGCUCUAGUCUGGUGCACUGGCUGUGUGGAUUGUUCUAACUGGACAAGGAGUUUCCAGGGAGGGGAAUCCACCCUUGCUCACCUUCAGGGUGAGCUGGGGGCUCUGAUGACUUAAAACACCUGUCAUUUAACUUAGCUGUUUAAUCAAUUUUGCACUGAGGAAUAAAGGAUAGUCCAUAGAUCAAAUGCCAGUGGACUGCUAACAGAAUUAAGGAGAAGUCUAAUGGCUAAAGUUGGAUUUCUAGACAUUAAAAAAUAUAUUUGUUGUCUGCCCAUAUGUCUCAAAAUCCAGCUGAUUUCCUGCACACUUUCAGUGGUAGCCAGGAGAGUAAAAGGUUUAUUCGAGAAUCCCUACCUGCUCCUAAGCACAAUAGCAAGUAAAAAAACAAAAAACAAAACAAAAA